AAAGAACGAGAUAUGGAAAUGUCUGUUCGUUUGGUGCGUAUCGAUUGGUGGCCGCGGUCUGUCAAGCUGUCAAGGGUUAAUCUUGACCAACCCAGGAGCUUGAGAGGGUAGGACCCGAGUAAAUAUUGUAGUGAUAGAAACGACAUGCCUUGUUUGGGCACCCAGAAGCGGUAACCAUGGUCACCGCGAGGCACAAGUUCAUUACUAUUUCGCCAGUUAGUCGUUCCUAAUCACUUGCUAAUCAUUUGUGGAAGAAGAGGUAGUAGUAUCACCAGACCCACCUUGUUGUAGAGUUGCCAACAUUUUCUCUGAAUUCUCUUGUAAAAAACGCCCCAGAAUCGUCGGAUAAAGAAAUUAAAGUCAAUUAAAUAGAUAUUGAUAUGGCAGUACCUACAAACACUAUUCUCGUGAUAUUUCUACUUGGUGGAGUUUCAACAGUGUUUGCUCAACGAACAUGCUUUGAAUGUGUAGGAACAUACCGGACAGAUUCCGAUGAGGAUCAGAACGAUUGUUUCACAACAAAUGCUGACACACGCACAGACGAUAAUUGUAAUGGACAAUGUUCGACUUCGAUCAGUCUACGGGAUUCCAGUAUCAUCAUUGAGAGAGGAUGCCAAAGAGACGAUGACCUCGAUCAAUGCAACGACUGCAGCAACAAGGAAGACUGUCUGCUCUGCUGCAACUCUGACAGAUGCAACGGUGAUCGCUUGCUGACCCUCUUGGAGGAUAAGGCCCUGACACAGACCUGUUACUCGUGUAGAUACAGCGAGAUUCCAGGAGUCAAGUCCUACGGUUCCUGCGCUCGCGGCAACUUCGAGGAAAGUGGCACCGGUGUGGAAACGAUGCACUGCCACGGAAUGUGUUACAGCUCCUUGUCUUACAUCAACGGAGUGGAGGACAUCGUCAGAGGAUGUGCGUACUAUGGUAAUGGAUGUGACGUCCAAUCCUCGGACGGCGACUGCGGACGGAACGGCAUCACCGAGCGCAACAGUGUCCAAUUCAGGCGAAGCUGCUGCAUGGGUGAUAAGUGCAACAGCGCCCUCACUUUCACCCCGGGUCUACUAACAAUGGCAAUCUCAACCAUAUUUGCCGCUAUUUUCUGUCGAGGCGUUUAGACAUGGGAAAUUUCGUCAUUAGCAUGCCUUCUUAUAACCAUUAGACCUCAAAUAGCGGUAAUUCGUUUCAAAAUGGCGCUUAGCAGUCUUUUGUUACUUAAGGUCCAUCUUAGUUUUAUACCCUAAUAGUGCAUGUUACAAUUCCAAUCCAAUAUACGAAAUCAUAUGAAUGUGUCUGCCCGAAAACGGUUAAUGUGUAAAGAUAUGAAAUAAAAGUUUGUUUCAUAUAUUUAAGAAUUUUACAUCACAAUUUAUUUUGAUCGCUGUCGAUGACAAAUCUGCGCAUUUUUGCGUUCAUAACCCCAUCUUAAGCUUUAAAUGGGCUGAAAAAAAGAUAUAAUCUAUCUGUCGCUUUCUAAACAUGGAUAUCCAAUAUUCCAAUUACGAAAUUUGGCUAUACUUAAAGUGAUUGGUUAACAUUGGUUUGACUUUAAAAAAAAUCUGAGCUAGAAGGUCACACUUGUCACCUGUGUCUGUGAUAUGUUACAAAAAUGAAGCCCAGAAAAAAUUGCGUUCGAAAAUAAUUAUUUAGUGCUUCAAAAAUUGAAAUAUAAAGUGACCGAAAACACCAUCUUAAUUUCGUCCCAUACACUUAUGUGUACUAUUUAGGCGUCUUUAAGACGCCUAUUUACAAAAUCGGGGUUUGCCUUGUAGUUUUAGCUUUUCAUUCUCAAUAAUGGUUGUUUUCAGGGUUUAUUAGUUCUAAUACAUGCACUUGUACACAUGUUUCAUCUUGGUUUGAUAAUUUUUUAAAUCGGCUGCUCAAAAAGUUAAACAAUACCUUUGAGCAUAGUAAUACAUUUCAGUUAAAGGGUGCUAGAUGCAAAUUCGAAUUCUAUCAGCUGAAAAUGCCAAAUUUGAAAUAUAAUUGCUGAACCAAUAUCAAAUGACCACUUCACUUGUUAUUAAUUAGAAUUAGAAUGUUAGAUGUACUUGUAUUUAUAAUUUAUAUUACUGAGGCUCUUUGCCAACUUUAAACAAUUACAUUACCCAACAGAAACGUCACUAAUGGCUGCUUGAACUGGGCAAUAAUGCAAGGUCGCUUUAGCGCCAUCUGGAUAUGAUUUGUGUUUCUAUGAUUUUAAGAAUAAUUCGGUUCAUAAAACUUCCUAUUGCCCAAAUAAUCAUUUUGCAAUCUGUGUUACAGUCUGUCGUUGUCUUUUUGGUUGAAAUAUAGCAGUAAAUUAGUUAUGGAAUGGCUGAAAAUAAGAGGAAAAUACACUCUUAAAAAUGUUGGGCUACAUACUGUCCACACAACAAUUGGUUAAAACUUAAUUCAAUUCUGGGUAGUUUUUAACCAAUAAUGUGUGCUUUGGGUGAAAACUACACAGUAUUUGUUGAAAACUACCCUGAGUAAGAUAAUGUUUUAACCAACCGUUGUGCGGACAGUAUGUUGCCCACCAAUUGUUGUAUACGUAGUGAAGACUUUUAACAUUCAACAUUUAAUCGUGUUUUUGGAAGAAUAUGCUGAAUUUGUAAUAUAGGCAUGCAGUAUUUAAUCCACAUUCGAAUCUUAUUAGUGCAAGGGCAUUCUUUCAACGUAAGAGUGGUAUGUAUAUUGUUAGGAUUGAUUUCACGAGAAAUCAGCAAAACUUGAAGUUUCGUAAGAUAAUGUCAGCACAUCUAAAUGUACCAACGAGCAUAGGAGCGAAAAAUAAUGUCGACUGUUCUCAAACUACGAGCAAACUGAUAUCAUCGCUGUUUACCGCAUGAUUUUAAAUGUAGAAAUUAGCUGGCUUAUUAUAUGAUGGGCCAUCUCACCGGGCUAGAAAAUAAAUUUCGUUCGCGGCUAAACAGUUUGCUAGUUGCAUGAAUGGACGUCUCCGAAACAUUUUGCAAGCUCGGAUUGCGAUUAUCGAAGGAGAGAUGCGGAGACUCUUUUCCAGUCUCCGCGACGUCAUAAUCAGUUGUGUCGACAUCGCGGAAACAAACGCGACUGCUGAGAGGUCAGUCUAUCUGGUUUUCAGUAGGUCUCGGUGACGCCUGGCCGUCAGAGACGUCGCUGAGACCAGCCAGAAAUCCGGCUAGACUGAUAAGACGUUGCAGUGUCGCUGUGUCACCCAUGCACUUUGAGAAACAACUGACUGAACGCUUGCUGACGGACGUCCCUCCUGGGAGCGUCAAAGGGCUGGUCGGAUGGUUUAUCCUCCGACAAUUAAGUCAUGUUUUGUCUGACUGCUCCCAUAGUAACAUUAAGGCUUCUCAGCCAAUCAAAGUCAAUAAAAAGUUGUCAGAUCUAGAUCAGAAAACUUGUCGUAAGACAAAAUGUUGAUGAAAAGCUUCCCAGGUCCAAGUCAGAUGCAAAAUUCUCCUUCGCUGCAUGUGACGUCUCCUCUAUCUUUGGUGAACUGUUUUGUUCAUGACGUCAGCUUUAUAAGUGAUAAGUGCGUGACGUCGCAGUGAGGUCACCGUUGGUAAUCGAGAUACGGUCUUUAUAGUAAACAAUAUAAUUUUGGAAAUAGACGAAUCUUCAAUUUUCGCUCAUUUCUUGCGAAGGUAUAUAGCUGUAGGCCUAUAGGUUUACGCUUCUUCAAAGUCUUGUUAGUCCGUACAUCGGUGAUUUUGUAUUCGUGUGAGGCUGAUUCAUUACUCGCAUAUAAUUUAUCACCUUGUUGGUGUUGUUUUUACAUUGGUGUCUUUUGAACGAGUGAAUUAUCUAGCAUGGAUUAAUAUAAUUAGAUUAUAUAAGUAUUGCUUGUUGUAAUCAUGGUAAUCGAGAAAUGGAAUUAGUGGAAAAUGUAAUUGAAAUGUCAUUAGACUGACAAGUACACACUUGCCCAUUUCCACACACUCAACCCACACACACCCACAAAUUAACAAGUACCUCAGUCCAUUGAUUACACACAGAACACAUCCACACACCAUCUACACUGUGACACACACAAACACUCAGGGUACACCUAAACUGACCUACAAAUUAACAUGAAUUCACUCUAACUACACGCCCACACCCAUAAAAUGGCACACGAACACAUUCGAUAUUUUAUUGCAUGCAUGAUAUGUGUUCAUUUCUUCAGUAGUUUUAAGUAAUUAUAAAAGAUUAUUGCAGUUUUGUUAAAUUCACGUUGGUCUAGUUGAUCAAUUAUAAUUUUUCUAUGAAUACCAAUCUUGCAAUAUUCAUGUAUAUUCUCAUCUUUUGUCAUUUGAAAAUUAAAAGAAAGAAUAAUCAAACUCA